AUGUUUUAGGAUCCAGAAGAGAAAGAUAUGAUUGGCGAUCUUCUUAAUGGUAUUACAAAAUACUCAAGCUCUUUUAGAUAGUUUUGAAGCUGAUAAAACAAAAAAAUCAUAUGCAAACAAUAGACCCCCUGCAUUAGAAAUAAAAUAAAACUAAAAAGCAUCACCAGUUUACUAAUCUAAAGUUUAUUCUCCUUAAGUUUAACAUAAAGCAAAGUUUAAUAUUUGUUAAUUAAAGUUCAUACGAUUUAGAUUUACGGCUUACAAAAGUGCCUGUUUAGUAAAGUGCUCCAAAUUCAGCUUUAAAAGCUAAAUCAUAUGAAUGCAUGACUUAAUUUAUUCCAGAAGAAGAAAUAAGUUUAGAUGGAGAUUUAGUAAUCAAAAAUUCAUAAUAUAUAAGAUAUCUAAGUGUAAAGAUUAAAACGGCGCCAGAAGCAUUUAAAAAUAAUUUUAAGAAGGACCUAUUGCAAUCAAAGAUUUAAUAUUCAAUAGAUUAGAAAAAGGAUUUGUAUCUCUGUCAAAGGAUGUUUUUGGUAAUUAUGUCAUUUAAAACUUACUUGAAAAUGGUAUGUAUUUUAAAUAAAGACAGGGACUCCAUAACAAUAAUCAAAGAUGCUUGUAAUUUUAUAACCUCAUACUUUAUAACUUGCAUUUCAUUAAUAUGGAUGUCGAGUAUUAUAAAAGUUGUUAUAAAAUGCACAUAGAACUCCAGAGUUUUAAGUCAUUUUUGACUCCAUUAAAGGGAAAGUUAGAGAUUUAGUUACAGAUUAACAUGGAAAUCAUGUUGUUUAAAAACUUAUUCAACUUAUGGAAAGUGAUGUUAGUCUUUGGGUUUUAGAUGGAAUUGAAGGUCAAAUAAGCAAAUUAGUUACAAAUUCUUUUGGAUGUAGGAUUAUUUAAAAAGCUGUCUAAAUCUCAAAUGAUAAUGCUGAGCGUUAAAUGAGAGUUUUACAAGAAAUUAUGAAGAUAUCUCAAGAAUUAUGCACUUCUUAAUAUGGAAAUUAUAUCAUUCAAUAAUUAUUGAAAGAUGGUCCAGAAGUUAUUUAAAUUGAAAUCUAAUAAAUUAUUAUGGAUAAAAUAGAAGAAUAUAGCUUAAAUAAAUUUGGGAGGUAGUACAUUUUAUAAUUUUAGUAAUGUCGUUGAUUGUGCAAUUAAAUGUUCUGAUAAUAAAUUUAAACUAAAAGUUAUGGAGCUACUCUUGAGCUAAAAGAAUCAUCCAGUAUUAUUUGUUCGAUUAUCCAAAAAUGCAUAUGGAAAUUAUGUUGUCUAAAACUUUUUAAAAUUUGCAGACAGUGAAAUAUAAAAGGAGUUAUAUCUAAAAAUUACAAACAAUUAAUAACUAUUGCAAGAAAUCUAACAAUCUCAAUUUGGUAAUUAGUAUCAUUAUUAUUUUAGGUUAAUAUGUCUAUUAGAUGUUGACUUAGAAAUUAGAACUUGAAGCUUUUAAAUUAUGA